AACACAUGCCCACUGUCCUCCGCACCUGGACACAAGAAGAGAUAAAAGAAGGAGUAUCUCUCUUUCUUACAUUCCAUAUUCAAGAAGAACUUCCCCCUCAGUUAGGGGGGAACUCCAUUUUGAAGCAGAAGACUAUACAGCCCCCCCACAUAAAAAAGGAAGAGGAGGAACUCUGCAUCACUCAGGAGGGAGAGUAUCUUCUAGGACGAGAGGAAGCUGAUCACACAGACUUUCCACUGACUGUUGUCUCUGUGAAGAUUGAAGAUGAUGAAGAGAAACCACAAGUAGACAACCUCUUAGCUCCACUAUCAGAUAGUGAGGCUGAAGACGAGAUUGAAGUACCUUUGAGCAGCGAUACAGACUGUGAAGAUGAUGUGAGGACUCACACUGACAACAAACACUCUGGAUGCUCUAAAAAGAACAGAGACAUCCAGCAGCUGAUUGGUCAUCCAGUAGAAUUCCCGCCUCAGCUGAAGGGAGGGGAUUCCAAUUUGAAGCAGGAGACUCCACAACCACCCCGCAUUAAAAAGGAAGAGGAGGAACUCUGCAUCACUCAGGAGGGAGAGUGUCUUUUUGGGUUGGCGGAAGCUGAUCUCACCAAGUUUCCACUGACUGUUGUCUCUGUGAAGACUGAAGAUGAUGAAGAGAAACCACAACCAGACAACUUCUUGGCUCCACUAUCAAAUAGUGAGGCUGAAGACGAGGUUGAAGUAACUUUGAGCAGCGAUACAGACUGUGAAGGUGAUAUGAGGACUCACACUGACACCAAACACUCUGAAUGCUCUAAAAAGAAGAGAGGUAAAACAUGUUUGAGUUGCUCAGUUUGUGCUAAAAUCUUUAUAAAAAAGAGCCUUUUAGCUGAACACAUGAGAACACACACAGGAGAAAAACCAUUUAAAUGUUCAGCGUGCGGUAAAACCUUUUCCCAAAAGAGCAGUUUGACCCAACAUAUGAGAAAACACAAUGAAGAAAAACCAUAUAAUUGUUCAGUUUGCGUUAAAGGUUUUACAAAAAAGUGCCAUUUGUCUCAACAUAUGAAAAAGCACACAGGAGAAAAGGCAUAUAUUUGUUCAGUUUGUGGUAAAAGCUUUGGUUCCAGUACAGGUUUGACUCAACACAUAAUAACACACAAUGAGCAAAAAACAUUUAGUUGCUCCGUUUGUGGUAAAAGCUUCUUUCAAAAGACAAAUUUAAAUCAACACAUGAGAAUACACACAGGAGAGAAACCAUUUAAAUGUUCAAUAUGUGGUAAAAGUUUUUCUCAAAAUAGCAGUUUGACUGAACACACCAGAAUACACACAGGAGAAAAACCAUUCAAUUGCUUAGUGUGCGGCAAAAGCUUUUCUCAAAAGAGCAGUUUGACUCAACACAUGAGAAUACACACAGGAGAAAAACCAUUUAAAUGUUCAGUGUGUGGUAAAACAUUCACCAAAAAGUGCCAUUUGACUGAACACGUGAGAACACACACAAUUAUAAAAAUGUUUAAUUGCUCAGUUUGUGAUGAUAGCUUUAGUAAAAAGCACCAUUUAACUGAACACAUGAAAACACACACUGGAGGAAAAACAUUCCAUUGUUCAGUUUGUGGCAAAAUCUUUGUAUCCAAGCAAGGUUUGACUCGACACAUAAUGACACACACUGGAUUAAAACCAUAUAAUUGUUCAGUUUGUGGUAAAAGCUUUGCUUUAAAAACCAAUAUGACUCGACACCUGAGAACACACACCGGAGAAAAACCAUUUAAUUGCUCAGUUUGUUUGAAAAGCUUUUUUUCCGGAGAUGGUUUGAACCGACAUAUAUGGAAUUUUAAACAGAAUAAAACAUUUAGUUGUUCAGUUUGUGGUAAAAUAUUACAUCAUAAUGCAGAUGCAGUAAAACACAUAAGAACACACAAGGGAGAAUAACCAAUUAGCUGUUAAGUUUCUGGUAUGUUGUUAAUUUGUGGCAACAUCCACCCAAAUCCAGGACCUCCUCAAAAUAAGUUCACUAUUUCUUUCACAAAUAUCUGAAGGUCUUCGUACAAAUGGGAAUUUUCUGGAGCAAAGCUUGGUUAUUUCUUCAGCAGACGAGACACACAUGAUGAUUUUAGCUGGGGAGGAAUUGUGGUCUUCUUCAGUUAUGUUUUUACCGCCUCCUGAAUGUCUGACUUUGAACACCAACAACAUGAAUCGAUCUGCCUGAAACUGCACCUUCCAGGUUGCCUGGUGUUCAUGUGUU